AUGCCCGUCAGCCCAACCAAGUUAGUGCAAGUGUCCUCCAGUAGACUCAGAGACUCUACAAAGUCUCAUCUGCAAACCAACCCCCAUCUGCAUCGACCAUGCCCACCCCCGAAUCACAGAACCACACUCGCCGGCGAACCGAUUCCCGUAUUCUCGAUUCGUGAAAAGCUACCUACUACUCAUCGAGGGCCAUACCGAUACCGAUGGGAGGGUGGGUGCUAA